AGUGUUAUCGAUAAUUUUCUUUAGUUUAACUAAAGUUCUUUUAUCAACAGUAUGCAUCUUAUAAUUAAGAUAAUACAAACUCGUUUUUAAGCGUUUCGCGAUCGAAAAGUUUCCUUCACUAUCGUUAUCUACCAAUUAACAUUUUUUGCUUACUUUAUAACUCAUGUUUCUUAAUACUAUCGAGCCAACAUUGACAUAGCCGAACCCUUACCCAUCGUCUGAACGUGUAAAGAAGCUUUCAGUCUCACUUCUGUUCCCCUCCUACAGAUCUCGAAGUCACACCACGUGAUGCAUUGGGGGACAACCAGACACGAGCCACUCAGAAAGGAGGUAGAGAAGGGGAGUAUACUGGGGGUGACACGUUAUGUAGCCGCAAGUCUGUGUGUGUGUGUGUGCGUGUGUGUGUGUGUGUGAAGAGACAAGCACGCGCACCUUCCACAUCACUCCACCACGCACCAGUUCUACCAACAUGGUUGCCAGAGAACUACAAAUACGUGCACGACACACCAGUGUAUAGACAUACGACCUGAUAAAGCCGAGAGUAAACGAGUCUCUACCCUCCCCUCUAUACAAUCCCAUAGAUACACAGUGACAAACAGAGCAAAAAAACUUUAGACACAGGGACCAACACCUAGUCCCAUCUUGUCUAACAUUGGAAAUCCCGCCCCAAACUGAAGAGGCAACGCCUUCCCAACAUCCGAAGCCAAGUUCAGAUUGGCAGACUCCUCUUCACACAUCGACAGAGAAGCUCUCCAAGAAGAAACUACUUCUGCAUCGUUUCCAGGGCGUGGAUGUACAGAGCACUGCCAUUGGUUCUCAUCGCAUAUCCUACAAGCCAACACGCCUGCGCAGUCCACUCCUUCAACAACUUCUGAUCAACUUUCCCCAUAUUUAAAUAAGAUCACAAAUCAUCGGGGACCAUGAGUUCAUAUUUCCCAAACACAUAUCUGACGGACCUGAGAAAUGCUGGCGGUGGAGAUCACUAUACACCCCAGAGUGUUCACGCUCAGUCCGGACGGGACACCUGUGACCAGGGACAGAGACAGUAUCUUCAACCUCAAUAUGCAGCAUCAUCACCAGCCCAAGGUGCCACUUAUCCACGCUUUCCACCAUAUGACCGAUUGGAAAUUCGUCCCAUAACAUCUGCACCAAGUUCUCCAAGUCCCCCCGGGCAUUAUUAUGGAAAUCACUGCACUCAGCAGCCACCAGGUCCCAUGCCACCACAACCUCAGCAUGCACCACUCACUCACCCGAACGCUUACGUACCUCAGGAUGGACAAAAUUGUCGUGGUUCUCCUAACGAUCCUCAAGGACCUCAACAACACCCUAACAUGUCACCACCACAAUACCCACCGAGUUGCAAGAUGCAACAACAACCUCCACAACAGCCUCAACCAAUGCCACAACAACAGAUGACCCACGAUCCCAACGUCAUCGUCCAGCGACCUUUGACCUCUGACUGCCCACCUAACAACAUGCACCAGGCCCCUUGCCAGAGUCCUGUACAUUCUCCACCCCAACAAAUAUACACACCCAACCACGUGACUCCCUCCAAUCCCAACGGGAACCACGUGCAACAGCAGGUCCAGCCUCCGAGCUCGGGCAACUUGCCAAGUCCACUGUAUCCAUGGAUGAGGAGUCAGUUUGAACGAAAGCGCGGACGCCAGACCUAUACACGCUACCAGACAUUGGAAUUGGAGAAAGAGUUCCACUUCAACCGCUAUCUGACGCGGAGAAGAAGGAUAGAAAUAGCUCACGCUCUAUGUCUAACGGAACGUCAGAUCAAGAUAUGGUUUCAGAAUCGGAGGAUGAAAUGGAAAAAAGAAAAUAAAGCUAAACUGGAAGCUGGCCUGGCAUUAGGGCCAGCUCCACCGGAACUAACACACGUAUUAGAUCAUCGCCCAACCCAAUGAAAAUGUUAAGUAUAACGAGAACUGUACAAAAAACAGUACAAGUUAAAAAAAUGACGAAAAAUCACUGGAGCUGUGUUGUACAGGAUAGAAUAUUGACGACGACAAAAUGUGUCGUAUAUGUGUUGUGCGAAUGGUGCUUCCACAUGGAGGGGACUCCAAGUAAAGCUACCAUAACAUGUUUAUUAUACUAAUUAUGAUAAUCAUAACCGUGUCUCACGCGGUAGGUGUUGAUUAGGACAUGUAAAUAUACCUUAGUUGUAUUGGAAAUUUGUCGUCGUCAUUGUUCGCGAUAACGUCAGGCAGAAAAAGGGAUCUUUCUUCUCUGAUGUCAAUGCAUUCUACUAAAUUGCUCCGUUUUGUUUCGUGAUGUAAAGUGUCUAUCUCUGAUCUUUUAGGUGCGUAGGUUGAUCGUUCUGGGAAGUGGGUUAUGUGCGUUAUAUGUCCGAAUUUGAUCCUCUCUUAAGAUAUGUCGUUAUUUGGUAGGAAACAAUCGCGCGCGAUUCAUGUCAAUAGGCCUGUAGGAGAUUUUCUUGCUCUUUGUCUCACUCUGACAGCUUUUUCUAAACACGACUAAUGAAUGUGCUACAAGUAAAUUAAACAUUUUUAUAAGUAAUAAAAACAGUAUUAUUAAUUAAAUUUAUUGCAAGAAAGGUAAUAAACUCUAGAAGAGAAAAUAUAGGCCUCAAAGUAGUUUCGAUCAAUUAAAUCAGAAAUUGCUCAUACAAAUUUCCUAAAACACUUUAUUUGAUUAAACUACUUUACUAAAUUAUUUACAUAAUUUAAAUUCACUGUUCAUACUGGCCUCAGCCUCUAUUCAACUAAGGAAUUCGCCAUUUAUUUACAAGAUUUAAUAUAUUCAAUUUCUAUUUUUAUCUCAAUAUACUUGAUAAUUCUAUUAUAUAAUGAAUUGUUUUCCUUUUCGAAUUGCUAAAAAUCUAUCAAAUAUUUUUCAUUUUGAAUGAAAAAAUUUUAAAACAAACAUAAACAAAAGAGAUUUUCAUGGAAAACAUUAGCAUAUUUGGCAAUGUAGAUCAAUAGGUUAUGUUUUAUUUCAAUUACCUAUAAGUUAUUAAGCUUACUAAAUAUAGUUAUAAGGUUAUUUAAUUUUAUUUUUUAUUUUGUAAAUGAGAUUUACAUCAGUUUGGUUUGAUAACUCGUAGCAAAUCUAAAUGAAUUUUUCGAUUAAAAAAUUAAAAUAAAUGGAAAAAUUAAUAUAGGAUACUUUAUUAGAAUUUUCGUAUUUGGAAAUUAAUUAUUGGAAAGUUUAGAAUAUGGUCCAAGUUAUCCUUUUAAUAAACGAGGUUUUAAAAACAUAUUACAGCUAAUAGGUAUAUAGACUUUCAGAGAGUCAUUCAUCUCAAAAGGCAAAUCAUUUCUUUUCGAUAUUACUCUAGAUAUCAUCAUAGAACAGCUGUUACCAGUUUACUUUUCCCAGUUUCUAUUCCUAUGAGAACACGUAAAGUAAUAAAAGUCUUCGAUGGUACUUAAUCAUUCUGUCUUGCUUUUCUGCGUUAUACUUCUUUGGUUUGCGGAAAAAGAAUGAGUACAAUGUAUAUGCUUCAUUGAGAGUUGACUGGACUCACUCAACCUGAUUGAAUUUCUUUCUGGAAUAUGAAUUCGCAAAACUGCACUUUUCUAUUGCAUCGGGUUUUAAAUGUCUUGACGCUUUGAACCUGUUACAUAUUAAAUAACUGUGAGAUUAAUAGGUUUAAUUUAAAAAAAAAAAACGAAAUUCGAACUGAGUCACAAGCCUACUUAUACAUUAGUUAGUUAAAAAUUGUAAAGAAGUACAAAAUAAUUUACUGUUUAAUACGAUAAUUACGCGUGUUUUUAACGCGUAUUAGUAAAAAUUUAUGAAAAAUUUCAACUCGAGAAAGGUUAUUUAUAUUUAUUUUAAAUAUUUAUUAUAUUAAUUUUUAUAGGUAUAAAAACAAUAAGAUAUGCUACUUCUUGGCAUUUUUCUUCUAACUGAUAUUGGUAAUAAGUUCUGCUCUAUUCGUAUAAACUAUAGGCUAUAUAAUUUUUUAAAAUUUAUAUUUUAAUACAAUCUACAGUUUUCAUAAAUUAUGAUAUUUAUGACAAUAAUGGAUAAAUUUAUGAUGGAAAAAAAUAGCCUGUAGACUUAUUCUUUUUAAUUUUGGUUGAUAUAGCCAACGUGUAAUAGAACUAAACAAGAGAUGCACGUGAAAAAUUAAUUAUAAAUACAUACUAAAUUAUAAUUGGUCUAUAAAUUUCACAACUGAUGUUGCUAAUAAGGAGUUUUAAUAGAUAUUUUGUUCCUUUGAGCGAUUCUAUUUAAUUCUAUUGUAAUAAGAAGCUACAAAUUACAAGCUUUACGAUCUCAUUAGUUCGCAUUAUGACAAGUUAACAUCGGAUUUUACUUAACAAAGUGCAUCGCAUCAAAAAUUUGUAUUAAUGUGGUUUCUUCAGAGGAAGGUUGUAUCAUUUCUAUUGUAUGUUCUUUGCAAUCUUUGUUGUUUGUUACCAAAGAAUAUCCUUUGAUACAAAAGUGGUGCCGUUGGACCCCUGCUAAAUCUUUUUCUUCGUCACGGGGGCAUCAUAAAUCAGUCUCAGAAAGUUCUAAACGUCUAAACGAACUCCUCCCCCCCUUGUCUGUUCGGCAAUACUUAGGCUACUCUAGACAGAGGGUUUAGUAGGAGCAUAAUAUUGUCUUGGCAGCUAGGUGAUGGUCAUGAUUUUACUCUUGCUUAACACUAUCAAAAUGGAUUAAACCUCAUAUACUUUCGACAAGUGGAUCGUAAAAUUUAUUCGGAAAAUUAAAUGCAUGUCUUAGUUCGACUUGGCGAAUUAAAGGUUAGUCUUUUUGUUUUAUUUUAUUAACCAAUUUAAAUAUUUUUUGAUUAAAAUUGUUUUAACAAUUCUAUAUUUUCUAAACUACAAUUGAUACGAAUUUUAUCUAAAAUUUACUCUUUUAAAUGUCUACUUGAGUACAAGACAAGAAUAGAUUUCAAAUUACUGAGUAUUUACUCUCAAAUUCUACGAAUUUAAAAUUUGUAAACACAUAAAACUUUUUACUCUUAAAAGUCCAUUUCUAUUAUAUUCUAUUUUGCUUCGAAUCUCUCUAUUUAAAUUUUAGAAUAAAUUAUCAUUUCAAAUUAUAAAAAAAAGGUAAUGUGUUUGUAGUCGAAUGUACUAUUUUAAUCUCCAAAAAAAUACUUCACGGUAAUGAGAAGGAUAAGUUGGAUAUUUAGACAGCUCGGAUUACUGACAAGAUUAGUUAGUUGUCAGCAGAAAAGAAAAACCAGUAGCUAUCGCUAUAACCACUUAUCUUUAUGGAACCUCGGGCAUUUGUAUCAUCUCUUCUUUCCGCAACUCUAGUGGGAUAAAGGUACUAUCUAUUUUCACCAACCUACUGACGUCAAAUCCAACUAAAUCAUGCUAUUAGUCUAAUGUUAUUGUUUAAGCAUAGGCCUAAAGCCUAUCCCUUCGCUGUUUGUUAUUCUACAUAAAGCUAAUAGCAUAAAUAAAUCUAUUUAUUUUUUAUGUCUCAAAAUCAUAUUACUUAUGUCAGAUGAUAUAAAUACUAACACAAAUAUUUAUAUUUUUCAUCUAUGAAUAUAUUAUUUGUUAACAGUUAAUAUUUCUUGUUCAAAAUCAAUUCGAUUCCUCGAAUUUUUUUUUCUUUCUAGGUUACGUAUGUGAUUUAAAACUUUAUCAUUUUUUAAAAAGGCGAGGUCUGUUGUGUAUCUUGAAUAAAACUAUUUUAUUAUUUUACGUUUAUAAGUGCCAUAGGCUUAAAAACUUAUAGAUGUGAUAGUGUCUAACACUCUAAUUUUUAAUAUUUUAAUACGAAUAUUUCAUUAUAAUUCAUAAAAUGAUUUAAAAUUUGUAUAUAAUAAUUAAUAUUGAUAGUCUGAACAGUUAAUUUCAAUAAAUAUACGUUGAAAAUUAUUUAUUUUGAAACUUUGAUUCGGAGGCGGAGGCAGAGGCCAGUAUUACUCAUUAAUUUGUGAAAAUCGUAUUGUUUACAAUGUACAGUAAUGUACAUUAUCCUUGAUACUAUGUGAAAAUAUUAAGAAUUAUAUCCGUGAAGUUAAUUUUAAUAUUUGGAAGAAAAAAAUAAAAUAGCAUCAUUAAAAUUUAUUAAGCGAAAUAUAUUAUGUAAUAGAUUUUUGUUGUUAGUUAAAUGACUGCAGUUUCGCAUGAUAUUGUUAAAUAGUUCGGAAAAAAAGGAAAAUGAUUGUAUUUGUUUUCUACUGAAUAUAAAGAAAAGCUUACGAAUAAGCCUGUGUGUAGAUCUACACUUAUGCGCUUCUUAUUGGUCGACUAUAGGCCUAUAGCGUGUUGAAGAGUAACGUUACCUUCUAACUAUGUAUACGACAACAUAUACGUAUUAAAGUAAAAGAAUUGUCUAUGAUCGAUUGUUACAACUUUAUUCCCAAUAAUAUACGUAUCAAAGAAAAAAAAACCAUUCCCAGUAUACGAGGCGUGACAAGUAUGGAGUUGGGAGGUCUUCCUGGCCGUUCUUCGAACGAUCAUUUUGCAGCGAAUUUACUAUGUGACCUUACUAUUACGGUCAUUUACUCGUUAUAUUUAAAUGAUUUUCUGUAGAAAUAUUAAAAAUUGUUUAACCUAAAAACAACUGAAAUUUCAUGAAAAUUAGUUUAUUUCAUUAGCACGUUUUAAUAUAGAAGUGAAUAUACUUAACAAUUAGAAGAGAAAAAUAAAAUAAAUAAACGACUGUAGUUCCUUUUAUGAUUGAUAAAUGAUUGUAUUGAAGUAUGGUAACCUUUGAACUCAAAUAUAAGUAAAACUGUUCGCGCCAAAAAAAACCCUAAUUAUCUCCCUAUUUUCUGACAAUGUAUACUCAAUUCCAAGAUCUCUAUGUGUAUACGUAAAUUAGG